AAAUAAAAUGUUAAUAUUUUUAUACGUUUACAGGAAAACCUCGUGGAGUGGACUUUCUUGAAGUGCAAAACACUUUGUUCAACAUUCCCGGUGUCCUCAAAGUCCAUAACUUGAGAAUAUGGUCGUUAAGUCUCGAUAAGACCGCACUGUCCACACACCUGGCCAUUGCCAAAGGACAGAAUCCGACAAAAAUACUGAACAUAGCGUCCCAACAGAUUAAGAAUCGAUACAAUAUCUAUGAGCUAACCAUUCAAGUGGAAGAAUAUAGGGAUGAGAUGAGUGACUGUCAACAGUGCCAAACACCCGAGUCUUAAGCGCUGAUAUAUUAAUCAUUUCGUAUAGUUUGGAAAAUAACUUUUUUAAAUCUCUUUUCAUAUUUCAUAAAUAAUUAUCGUUUUUAAUGUAUUUAUUUUGUAUUUUUGUUUCAAUAAAAGCCUUGAAAAUUCAUUGAUUUAUUUAACGAUAAAGA